AUGAAGUCCUCAAUCGGAUUCAGACGGAAAGCGAGAAAGAUUCUGGUAAACGAAGAUGUAGAUGUUAACGACCUUGAUCGAGAGACGGAAAACAAUAAUUCUCUUCAUACCGAUACCAGACCAACCCAUAACUUGAAUCAAGAUUUAGUCAUUGAUUUCACUGAAGAUGAUCGUCUUGAAAUCGGGGUUGAAGAUAAUUCUGAAAAGUUAGAAAAAAAGAAAAAUGUGUCCAACUUAACAUCGAAAAAGCUGUCUCGCACACUGACAAAGAAAAAUAUUAGCUCCAGGCUUUCAUUUCAGGUCGGCGAUUUAUUAACCGGGGAUGAAGCAGAAGCUUUGGAAGAUAAAAUCAAUACUUUGCCCAUCAAAACAGCUUUAAAACCGCGAGAUAUUGGAAGGAAUCAAGUCCAUGGAAUCCCUACAAACCAAUCGUUACCCAGACAGCCAGGCAAUGAUGAUGAAGGAAGACAGUGUUACAGUAAAGAAUACCUAAACGAACUUAAAAACUUGACACCCGUCGCUCCGAAGGAUUUAUGUAGCAAUCAUACUCUAACGGAGCACAAAGACGAAAUUUUUACGGCUGGAACUGAUGAGCAAAUGGCUGUAAUGGCGCACAAUAUUCCAGCCAUCAUACCAAGUCAAGCCGAAAUUCAAGAGAAGAAAGAUCGUCGAGCACGCCUGGCCAUCGAGAAAGAUUUUAUCUCUCUAGAACCACAAACUGAUCAAGAACGUCAAGCGCGCCGCCGUCAGCUCAAGGAGAUGGCAGAGCUAAUCGAGCAGGCUGAGUGCAGCUCAGAUGAAACGUCGGAUGACUCCGAGGUUGAAAGAUGUACGGCCUAUGAGAGAGCUCAAACUCGGGCCGGUAUGGACGGGCUUCACAAGCCUGAUUUUGAUGAGGAUAGAAGUACAACACAAAUUCCUCGAAUAACGCCACUGCCUAUUUUUUCUGAGUGCUUUGAACGUUUAAAAAAUAAGAUUCAGUCCACUGAGACAGGCCUAUCUGAGCUUCGUAAGAAACUACAAGAUUCUGAACAAGAACAGCGUGAAAUUACCGCGAGGGAAGUAGAGGUACAAGGUCUCUUAAAGCAGGCAGGAGAGAGAUUUACGGCUUUGACCACCAGUGCAGACCCUAUUACACUUCAAUAUCCAGAUCCCCACGAAACGACGAGUUUAUCCUAA